AUGUCUGCGACGACGGCGGCGACCACGAAGACCGCGACCUCACGCUUUGCGCUCGACUUGCCCGCGCCGUCGUCGUUGGCGUUCAGCCGCCUCACGCUCGAGUCUGCCGGCUCGCCCGCUCCGUGGCAGACGAUCCCCAACGUCCCGCUCCGCCCGCGCGUCCUCGUCGCAGCGCUCGUCACCCUCUCGCGCGCACUCGCAGAGUCGCGCGAACAGGGCGCCAUCCUCGUCGACGCACUCGCCCGCGCGAGACAGGCGUGCGACCAGCAGCGACUCGCGGCGCAGGGUGCCAAGGAGGGCGUGCUGCAGGCGAGCAAGGCGGCGCAGGAUGCGCACGCCGAGGCGAAGCGGGUCGAGAAGCUGAACGGGGCGUUCAAGGCGGGAGCGGACAGGACGGUCGCCGCCCUCGAUCGGCGGGUACUCCGCUCUCUGCGCAAGGGCAAGGGCAAGGGCAAGGCGAAGGAGGUACUGGGCGCCGAGGCGUCGGCGGAACCGGACUCGCCGCUGAGCCCGUUCGCGUUCGUCGAGGAACUGCUCGUCGACCUCGAGCUCGACGCGGCCGAGGUUCACAAAGGCGUCGCCGACACGGUGCUCGACGACGAGUGGCAGGCGAUCGAGGACGAGCUCGUUGCGACCAUCGCGGCACGGGCGAUCGAGAAGGCGAGUCCGAAGUUGACGAGCGAGUUCCGGCUUCCAGAGCUUCCUGCGGCGGGGGCGGAGCCUCUCGAGGCGCACGACGACGGCGAGCGGACGACAGAUGGCGCGGAGGCGAGCGCCAGCCCGACGAGGGGACGAGCGAUGUCACUUCCGCCGACUCCGCCUGGCUCGGUCCACUCGAGCUCGAGCGAGCGGGACGAAACCGACGCCGGCGAGUCUGACUACGACUCUCUCGUCUCGCUGCUCACGCCUCUUGUCCACCCGGUCCUCGCACUCCUCUUCCGCACCCACACCCUCCUCGACCAACGCCUCACCUCCUCCAUCGACCACUUUGAGUCUCUCGUCCGUGCGUCGGCGAAAGCAGUCGAUGUACACAGGCAGAGUGUCGUCAGGUUGAACAAGUUGUCGAACAAGUUGCGGGAUUUGCAGUUUCUCGAACGGAGGGAGAGGGAGGAGGAGGAGAGGGUGAUGGAGGAGAUGAGGGAUACGGUUGUUGAACUGGCGCGGUGGAGGAAGGGGAUCGUACCGGACGAGGGGGAGCCAUCGCAGGAGGAGGAGGAGGAGGAGUGA